AUGUCGGCUGAUUUCUGGGCUGGCUAUCUCAGCGGAAUAGUCGGCAUUGUAGUAGGCAACCCUCUCGAUAUUGAAAAAGUACACCAGCAAACGAGAAGCAAUGUUGCCCAGAGAAUAUACAGCCAGAACUCAGUGGCCUUGAUGAAAGGCACUGCCGCUCCCAUAUUCGGGUACGGAGCUCUGAAUGCGCUGCUAUUCUACUCAUACAAUCGGUCCGAAGCAAUUCUGAAAAAGGUGGCAUCAACCCCGGAUGCCGGGUGGGUUACAUGGACAGCCGGAGCAGUGAGCGGCCUGGGAGUAUGGAUAGUCAGCGCUCCAACCGAAUUAAUCAAAUGCCGAGCACAAAUGUCCACACCAGCUACAUCGAGCUGGGCGAUUUUGAAGCAGAUAUGGAAGAGAGAGGGUGUAAGGGGCUUCUACUAUGGCGGGUUUGUCACGGCGCUUCGGGAUAGCAUCGGCUAUGGCUUUUACUUUUGGACAUACGAAUUGGCUCAUCGCCACUGGCCUGCUGCUCAAGAGCAAGACAAUGCUGCGUCUGGGCGACGAGAUACGUCAAAGGUAUUGGUUUGUGGUGGGAUUGCAGGAAUUGCCACUUGGGCGAGUGUGUUUCCUCUCGACGUCAUCAAGUCGCGCCUACAGACACAGCAAUAUUCCUACCGACCGUCGACGGAUGAGACGCCGUUUCUGAGGCACGACAGAAUGAGCACGGCGAGCAAAAGCAACAGGCGGUAUGGAGCAUGGCAGGUGACGAUGGAUACUUACAGAGAGGGCGGAAUUCGUCCCUUUUUCCGUGGCCUAUCAGUCUGCAGUGUCAGGGCCUUCGUGGUAAAUGCCAUUCAAUGGGCUGUCUACGAGUGGAUCAUGAAUGAAGUCAAUAUCGGCAAUAGAGAUCAACCGAAAAUGCUCACGGCUUAA